AUGCCCCCUUUCACCCUGGCAGACACUACGGCGAUACAGGUGCUCAUGUCGGCGACACAGGAUACCCGCUCGGACUUCACGCACAAGCUGGCGCCGCUGCUGCACCUGCUGUACACCCGGUUUGUGCAGUGCAACCACAUGAACCCCAUGUGGAUCAACGGCGACAAGAUUCUCUUUUCGUGUGGCGACAUGACAACGAUCCAGAGUCACGUGUUGCGCUACUCCGGGUACAACGUCGACGACCGGGAGCUUGAACUGAGCAAAUAUGGAGCUGAGGCGUUUUUCAAUCAGUUUCAGGAGAGCGGAAAUGGCUACAAACCCAAGGUGGUGGUGGGCGAUACCGGGUCUGGGUUUGUGGAGGCCGUGGGAGUGGCUCUGGACACGCAGGAGCUUGCGGAGAACUUCAACAAGCCGAAUUUCCCUCUGAUCACGGCAAAAACAUGGGUCGUGUUCGACGAGGAGGCUGCUCUAUCGUCGGACGCAACUAAGGCCGCAGAAGCAGCUGUCGAAGCGGAACUCAAUAAUCUGAUUGGUAUUCUUGUGGCUGCAUCUCCCCAAACAGUGCGGUUUUACCAUAUGAUGGGCUGGCGGCUGCUGGAGGUUGUGGAUCUCAGUGAUCUGGCGCAACUCGAGGCAGUCAUCGUGGAGGCGCUUCAGGAGCCUCACAUGCCUGUGGUUGUGCAUAUCAGAAGCAUUGAGCGGUCCUUGGAGAGUGAUGUGAGCGAUAACACGCUGGUGGAUGAGUAUCAUAGAUGGGGCGAUGUGCCGGUUGAGAGUGACCAGAGCGUUACCACAAGUCUGUAUACCCGUUUUGCCAUUAUCAACGCGUCGCGUGAGCUUGCAUGGAAUCAUCUGAGGGAAGGGUACAAGGCAUUCUUUCCUGCCGAUUCGGCUGCUCUGGAGGAGGUUAAGAGGGAGCUUGAGGAGUGUUAUUAUGAUGAGAGGGAACAAGAGGGAGGGUCAAAGGAGGGGCUGACGGUGCCUCUGGAGAGGAGUAGUCGGAGUACUCCUAGUAGGACGCCAAGGCUCUGUGCCGGGUUAUAG